CAGGAUUGUUUUAAGAAAAUGGCAGACAAGCCGGACAUGGGGGAAAUCGCCAGCUUCGAUAAGGCGAAGCUGAAGAAAACGGAGACGCAGGAGAUGAAUACCCUGCCGACCAAAGAGACCAUUGAGCAGGAGAAGCGGAGUGAAAUUUCCUAAGAACCUGGAGGAUUCCCCAACCCCGUCAUUUUCGAGACCCUGGUGGUGAUGUGGAGGGAGAGCCACCUGCAAGAUGGACACGAGCGACAAGUUGCACUGUAAACCCGGGCACACCGUGCCGAUGCCACCAGCCUGUGGGUCUCUAGGGACCCCCCAAUCGGACUGCCAAAUUCUCCGGUUUGCCCUGGGAUAUUAUAGAAAAUUAUUUGUAUGAUUAAUGAAAAUAAAACACACCUCGUGGCAAAAAAAAAAAAAAAAAAAA